GGGCCUGGAGCCGUGUCCUAUUUGAAAGGCAAGGGUCGUUGGAUCAGCGGAAGGAAACCGAUUUGUGAGUUUUUGUGCAGCUGUAGCUUGGAGUCGUUUUCUUCUCCUGUAACGGGGAGCGAGACAAUGGAGAAAGAGACUGAUUUAAUCGCAGCCAACCACAAUGAAGAGCAUCUGACGCCUGAGCAACGAAAGAGAGAGAAACGAAAGAUCACCAAGAAUGUUUACAUCAUCAGUCUCGGGUUUUUGUUCCUCUUUACCGCCUUUCAGUCACUUCAGAAUUUGCAGAGCAGUUUGAACAAGGUUGAAGGACUGGGUUUCUGGUCGCUAUGCGUCAUAUACGCCGCCUUGAUACUGUCCUGUAUUUUAGUCCCUCCCUUCGCGAUUGGAAGACUCGGCUGUAAGUGGACGUUGGUGUUCUCAAUGACAGGUUACGUGCUGUAUACAGUGGCUAACUAUUACGCGCGAUGGUGGACUUUGAUUCCUGCCUCUUUUAUAAUCGGAAUGUGUGCAGCACCUCUUUGGUCUUCAAAAUGCGCUUACUUGACCACCACAGGAAUCCGUUACGCUGAGCUCAACCAUGAAACCCAGGACGCGGUCGUGACGCGCUAUUUUGGAAUAUUUUUCCUGAUCUUUCAGAGCGGCCAGAUCAUCGGGAACCUCAUCUCUUCGCUUGUCCUUCAACAGGGAAUGGGAGACACCUUCCGUGAAAACGCCCGAGACGUCUGUGGCGUGAACUUCUGCAAGCCAUUGCCAGCGACCGGAAAUAAAACAGACGAGUACGAUCACAAGCUUGUUAUCAGACUUCUUAGUAUUUAUGUUGGUACAGGAGUAUUAGCUGUCGUGCUGGUGAUCGUACUUCUUGACCGGCUUACCGGAAGCCUGGACCGGCGAAAGAAGCAGGAAUCUGGCCUUAAUCUAUUGGUUGCCACUGUGAAACACUUGAAGGACUGGCGCAUGCUUCUGGUGUUACCGCUGACCAUGUUCAGCGGGCUAGAACAGGCCUUCACGUUUGGAGAUUUCACACAGGCAUUCGUCACUUGUUCGCUCGGAAUCCAUCGUGUUGGUUUUGUUAUGAUCUGCUUUGGUGCCACCGACGCGUUUUUCUCGCUGACUCUGGGCCGUCUUACUAAGUACACUGGGAGAAUUCCAAUUUUCAUCAGUGGUGCGGUAAUACACUAUGCUACCAUUAUAGUUAUGCUGAUCUGGAAGCCCGACUAUCAUAUGGUGUGGGUGUUUUAUGUCAUUGCUGCUCUAUUGGGAUACUGUGACGCAGUUUGGCAAACCCAGAUUAAUGCCAUGUACGGCGUGUUCUUUCAUGACAACCAGGAGCCAGCGUUUUCUAACUACCGUCUGUGGGAAUCACUUGGCUUCGUGAUUGCUUUUGCAUACGCCAACUACCUGUGUAUCAUUAGCAAGUUAAUCAUCCUCUUGGUAGUUUUAACCCUCAGCUUGGUCGGGUAUUUCCUCGCCGAAUAUGUGCACAAGAUUCAAAUCGACCAAGAGUACUCUCUCGCAGACGGCAUGGUGUUAGAAGAAGCCAGCCAAACGAGAUCUUAACUGAAGAAGGAAUCAGUACUAUGUUGUUUUUUUAUGAAGCAGCUUAAACUUUGGCCAGUUAUUAUCGUGGUUUUGUAUAUGAUUCAUCUAUUAUGGUGUUUAGGUUAAUAUGUAUAGCGGGUUUCACUCAAAAAAGGAAUAAUUUUCUUUGGUUUCAGCCCUUUUCAAGUUCACUUUUCUACAGGCGAACACAAAGUCAAACUUUUGUUCAGAAAAAUCACCCUUUUUGUCUUAAGACUGGGGAAAAAAUCGUUCCUAUACUUUCUUUGAUUUCUAUGGCAGAUACCGCUGUUGUCAAUUUAUCGACCACAGAACGCAAUAGAAUCCUGCUUUUAGCGCCGUACUUCUUCAUACAUACUCUAAGGAAAUUCAGCAAACAAAUGUUUCCCUUCAUCAUACCGACGGUAAAAAAUUUAGUUAUGUGAAAUUUAUGUGAACGGAGAAUUGAAAUACUAAUAAGGUAGAAAUUAGUCUCUUACCCAGAUCUUCCACGGCCAGCGGAUCCUACAAUGCAGUUACAUGGUAAGAUCUGGGUAUGAGAUCAGAUGGAACUGAUCAACAUGUUAUAUAUAUAUAUAUAUAUAUUU